CAAGAACCUUCGAAUGAACAUGAGUCACGUCCUCAUAGUUGGAGGAUCUUCAGGCAUAGGCGAAGCUACGGCCCGACAGAUGCUAGGAUUAGGCAUGAGAGUCACCAUCGCCGCACGCGACAAGGAUAAACUCGACAAAGCGAUCCGGUUUCUGGGUCCGCCCGACACCGCUUGCAUCCGCGGGAUUCAACUUGAUGGGUCCGCCUACGAAGAGAUACCCGCCAAGUUGAAAGCGGUUGGCCAAUUCGACCACCUUGUGCUCGCGAUGGGCAGCAGUCAAGGCGUUGGACCAAUGAGAUCAGUAUCUAUAGACAGCAUCAGAGCUGGUUUCUCCGAAAAGGUCUUUCCUCAUUUUGCUAUUGCCCAAGCUGCUCUGGACAUUCUGCCUUCACACGGGACCAUUACGUUCAUCACUGCUCUAGGACCUCACUUAGCUGUACCAGGUACGGCCGGAAUCUCGAUGGCUAACGCCGCCAUUUCGACAUUAUCUCGCACCUUGGCUCUGGAACUCGCUCCCAUCCGGGUCAACGAGAUCGCCCCUGGUAUCGUGGACACUCCGUGGUGGAACGCAAUGCCAGAGGAGCGAAAGAACUCCGCGUUCGAGAAUUAUGCUAAGCAAGCGCCGGUUGGCCGGGUGGGAACUCCCGAGGACGUGGCGGAUGCAAUUUGCUUCGUCAUUGGCAACAAAUUCAUGACAGGACAGACGAUCUAUUGUGACGGAGGCUACAGGCUCUCUAUGAAGGCGUGAAUAGGGGGGUGAAAAGAUUUCAGGUGCACUCUUGAUAGUCCACAUUUGCCAUAUAUGCAGCAAGAUCGCACACUACCGGGAUCAGCAUGUUGCCGUUGUGAAUCACUCACUCCGACUUGAAAAUCCGACUUCGUUGUCAUACCAUGCCACGAUUUUGACCGUCCGACCAUCCAGUGCGACGCUUGCAUCCACAUCGAUCGUGGCACUCUCCGUAGAGG